AAAAAUCGAAUUUAAUCAUAUUCUCCUGCAGUAACAACGGCAAAAUCUUUUUAAAAGUUUAAACAGAAUGUUAUAAACCGUUUUGUAAACCAAAACUUACUUUCUUAUUGCUGUUGUUGCUGUACAACCGCGUUUUUGGAGCAUUUUGACUAACACAUGAUGGGACAAAAGCCGGUCAAAACCUGCACGUGCACGUGUUUCCAAACCAGGCCAAUUUGGUAGAAGUGUUUGAAGUUUUCCCAUUUUGAGUUAUCCAUUCAAUCAGUUUAGUAAAAAUGCCUUCCGAACCAGAAAAGAAGGUGGUCAAAGCUCUGCCCUACGAGCUGGACUACAUGACCGAUGAACUCAGAAAGAGGGCCAAGUCGGAACUCUUCGAAGAUGAAGACACCCGAGUGCACAGCCUCAAACUCCUCAAGAAUAUGUUGGAUGACGAGAAAGGCCUCAACUGGCAAGACGAUGACAGGUUCUUGCUGGCUUUCUUACGAGCAAGAAAAUUCGAUGUGAAGCGAGCCUGCAGUGUGGUCAAAAACUUCUACAACGUUAUGAGGAAACACAGCGAACUCUAUGAAAAUUUUGACUACGCAAAAGUUAAAAGAACUUUGGAAGGAUGCCACAUCGGUUUCUUACCCUACAGGGACGAAGAAGGGUGUUGCAUACUUGUUUUUUCCACAAAAAACUGGAAUCCCUAUGAGCAUCCUUUGGGCGAUGUUAUGAGAGCUUUAACCUGCGGCCUUCUCAAUGCUAUUCGAAGUCCUUCCACACAGGUUGCUGGUUUCAAAGUGAUCGUCGACUUCAGUGGCUUCACUUUCAGACAGCUGCCGCAUGUAUCUCCCACUUAUCUAUGGCUUUUUGCUGAAGCAUUACAGAACUGCUUUCCUGGUCGAUUCCGCGCUGUUCACAUGGUAAAUGAAGGCCAUCUGUUCGCUUACAUCUGGGCAGUACUGAAACAACUCCUCAGCGCAAAACUGAAAGACAGAUUCCACUUCCACGGAAAGAACAUGAAAAAACUACACAAGUACAUCACUCCCAGCGUUCUUCCAGCAGAAUACGAAGGCGAGUUGCCCGAAUUCAACAACUCAGAAUGGUCAAAACACAUGGAAUCUACAGCGGACUAUUUGACUACAAUCUUUUCAUACGGUUACGAAAAGAAAAACAACAAGAAGUCCAGGUGAAAAAAACGAAGGCCAAAACGUGAACUUUCGCCGUCUGCCGAACGAAAUGACAGUUGUAGCCGGUUGUUUAAAGUUGCCGCCAGGCAAAAUGUGUUUUCACGUUUUUUUCCACGUGAUUUCAUUGUAUGAUAUUUAAUGCAUAAAAACAUGCUUGCCUACAUGUUGAAAUGUUUCAACAUGAAAUGAAUGGUGAUAUGAUGAUAUAAAGAACAGUUAUAAAAUGAAUUGAUUGAGAUAGCCAUAACUAUAGUAUUCUUUUUUUUAUUUAUAACUUCGUAAUAUUUAUUUUUGCAGAUUUAGGAAAAUUAUUGGGGUUAUAAGUUUGUAUACCGGGGCUAAAUAAUGUGAAUAUUGGAAAUUUGUUAUUGUUUUGUUAUUUAAUUGUGUAACUUAUUUAUGCCGUUGUACAUAAGUUUGCAAUGUGCAAUUUUGGAAACCAAAUCCAUACAGCACGCCGGCUUAAACUUUUUUAAGACCGUAUUGUGAUGCAUUUUUGAUUAAAUGAAAAAAAUUUCAAGAUUAUAUUUUUGAAUAUUUGAUCUCAAUGGCUGUAAAAGAGAUGGCGAAGCAUUGUGAUAGAAUUUUUUAUAUUCGAAAAUUCUGUUAGCAAAUCCCUAUUGUAUUGUAUAGCAUGGCUGGGCUGGGCCAGGCUUUGUUGUGCCUUACGUCACGUGUACAUAAUUCAUUGUUCUGUAUAUAUUUAAUUUUGUGUACUAACAUUGUUUCUAUGCUUCCUAUUCUGUAUUUAUCAUAUUACUUAAGAAUAAAUUUGUUAUGAAAGAAAAAA